AACACCAUUGAUUAGUCACCACCUAAAUAUGAAAUAGAUCUAAUCAUUGGCCCAAUAACACUAAAAGGGGCGUCUACAUUAUAUUUUGUUCACUUUACUUUCUCUUCUUGUAGUGAAGUAUUCGUGUGGUGUGGUGUUGCUACUUUUACUCAAGCAAAUGAAUCUUGCGUCACUGGUGUAAAGAUAGAGAUUUACCCGCGGAAGGGGGAGUGGGAGUGGGGGCGGUCACAGGAAGUGUGGGACCUACGUGAUCUACAGAAAGAAACCACGGUGUUGUCGACAGGUCAAGUGCAAAGAUGAAGCUGACUGUUAUGACCGCAUUAUGUCUGCUCCUUCUUUUGAAUAUCAGUUUUUCGCUGGCCAAGAAAAGCAUUGGGCUUGGUAAGAGAAUCAAUCUAUUUAAGAAGACACCCAAAAUAAAAACCAAUCUGGGAACCAAGCCUAAGACUAAACAACAGUUCAACCAAGGAGGUUACCCCCAGCAACCAGGCAACCAACCAGUCAGACCUGGGGGUUACCCCAACCAAGGAGGUUACCCCCAGCAACCUGGCAACCAACCAGUCAGACCUGGGGGUUACCCCAACCAAGGAGGUUACCCCCAGCAACCAGGCAACCAACCAUUCAGACCUGGGGGUUACCCCAACCAAGGAGGUUACCCCCAGCAACCAGGCAACCAACCAUUCAGACCUUGGAGUUACCCAAACCAAGGUGGAUACCCAGCAGGGGGCUAUCCAGCUGGUGGUUACCCAGUAGGGGGCUAUCCAUAUGGAGGUUAUGGUGGUUAUGGUGGUCAUGGAGGUUACCCAGGUGGAUACUAUAACUAUAACCCACAUAACAACAUCAUGAGCCCUCGCUAUGGAGGGAGCUAUGGAUAUGGGGGCUACGGUGGUGGGGGCGGCUCUCCCUUUUCCCACUCAGUUCAGGCAAUGGGUGUGUUUCCCCAAGAUAAAUCCAGGGGUUUUGGGCGCGGCGCAGUAAUGGCUGCGGCUGGAGGGGCGAUGGCAGGCAUGGCCCUGGGUUACGGACUAGGGAGGUUCCCUCGUCCUCCCUUCCACUUCCACAGCCCGCAGGAGGAGUACUACUACAACCACUACAUGUACAGGAAAUAUGGUGUCAAGUCCACUGAUACCAACGAUUAUGGCAGAGACUACAGGUACGUCCAACCCACUUUGACCUACGACCGCUACAUGGACUCGUGCAUGAAGAGGACAGACCUUCUGCCUGUGGUGAAUCAAAAGUCAAAAAACAAACCAGCUGCCACCACCACCACCACCACCGCAACUACAACAACCACCACGACUACUUCCAUUACCACCACAACUACUGCUGCCCCAUCUACUGGCAUUGGCAGCAACACAACAAGGAGUAACGGCACUGCAACAGAGAACUCCUCGACCUCUGCACCUUCAACUCGCCGCCCUCUUAAUGAGUCUGAAGCCGGGCCUUCACCUCCAGCUUCACAGGCCAUCAGAAGGGCUGCUACUGAUGAUGGUGAUGAUGGUGAUGAUGAUGAUGAUGAUGAUGAUGAUACAGUCAGCAUUGUGGAGAUCGGUUACCCGGCACUGAUCAGACAGAUGAAGGUCAGGAGAUGUUUGGAGCUGUACAUGGUUUACUCUGAAAAGUAUUUGAACAAAAGGAAGGAGCCCAGCCCCAACGACGGGGCCCUGGGACUGGAGAUGCUGGGCCUCCGAAGGUUUUUGUCAGUGAUCACCAGUAUCGUACUGGCGCUGCUGAACAGCAACAAGUUAACACUGCUACACUAAGGCCUUUAUUAGUAGGGAAAGCGAGGGAGAGACUGGGUUGUAAAAAAAAAAGAAAGAAGCUUAACUUAGUGCUAAUUUCAUGUAAAUUGGCAUCCAAGCGAAAAUGGUGAGCAUGGUAAAUAUUCGGAGCUUGUUUGCAACUUUUUUUUUUAUUAUUAGUGCAUUAAGGGGUGCUGAUGUUGGGGGACUGUCUGAUUUGAAGGCAUUCCAAAAGAGGGAAGUAAUGACUAUUAUAUUGAAUAAUAAUAAUUUAGAGUAUAUUUUAAUCAAGAGGUUUUAUAUCGUGAGCAUAAGUGAGUAUUUGUGAUGAUCAUAUUUUCAACAUCUAUUAAAGCUAACUUGACCUUUUCACAAUCA